UCGCGAGAGUUACUGGCAGCCAUCUUCUCGGGGGUGCUGGGAGCCGGGAAGACCCCCCGAGUCGUUCCCAUUGAGCUGCUCCUCGUCUUCGCUUUCUUCACUUUUUCCUUUUCUGCGUCACCGACAAGCACCUGGUCCCGAGACUGAGAGAAAGCCCGGGUCCAGACCCGUGUUCCGCUCCUGGUUCAGAAAGAUCCGCUGGGGUGGAGGGAAGGGGGAGGGCCCGGGCAAGCCGUUGCAGCCUCAGCCCGGGCCGGGGUCCGGGGAAGGGGAGCUCCUAGCAGCCUGUGGACUUGCGGCCUGCGGCCGUCCCCGCGUACCUCUUCACCGAAUCCAGUUCGCGGGAACCUGCCACCGGCGCCUCCCACCGCGGCCCACGCGGGCGGCGCGCGGAGGAGGGGGCGGGGGCAGCGGCGGCUGUAGCGGCCGCGACCCGGGCGGGCGGAGGAGUGUGACGGGCCUCGGGGCCUCUGUGGAUGGUUUCUAAAAUGAUCAUUGAAAACUUCGAGGCACUGAAGUCCUGGCUCAGCAAGACUCUCGAGCCCAUCUGUGAUGCAGAUCCAUCAGCCCUAGCAAAAUACGUUCUUGCUUUGGUGAAAAAAGACAAAAGUGAAAAAGAGUUAAAGGCAUUAUGUAUUGAUCAACUAGAUGUAUUUCUUCAAAAAGAGACACAGAUAUUUGUGGAAAAACUUUUUGAUGCUGUGAAUACAAAGAGUUACCUACCUCCUCCAGAGCAGCCAUCAUCAGGAAGCUUAAAGGUAGAAUUUUUUCAACACCAAGAAAAAGAUAUAAAAAAAGAAGAGAUCAUAAAGGAGGAAGAGCGAGAGAAGAAGUUUUCCAGAAGGCUAAAUCAUAGUCCUCCUCAGUCAAGCUCCCGAUACAGAGAAAAUAGAAGUCGUGAUGAGAGGAAAAAAGACGAUCGUUCUCGCAAAAGAGAUUAUGAUCGAAACCCUCCUCGAAGAGAUUCAUACAGAGACCGGUACAAUAGAAGACGAGGGCGAAGUCGCAGUUACAGCAGGAGUCGGAGUCGAAGUUGGAGUAAAGAGCGGCUUCGUGACAGAGACAGGGAUAGAAGCAGGACUAGAAGCAGAAGCAGAACACGAAGCAGGGAAAGGGAUCUGGUAAAACCUAAAUAUGACCUGGACAGAACAGAUCCACUGGAAAACAAUUACACUCCUGUUUCUUCGGUACCUAACAUUUCAUCUGGUCAUUACCCUGUACCUACUUUGAGCAGCACUAUAACGGUAAUUGCUCCUACCCACCAUGGUAAUAACACUACCGAAAGUUGGUCUGAAUUUCACGAAGACCAGGUGGACCACAACUCGUAUGUCAGACCACCGAUGCCAAAGAAACGGUGUAGAGACUAUGAUGAAAAGGGUUUCUGUAUGAGAGGAGACAUGUGCCCUUUUGAUCAUGGAAGUGACCCAGUAGUUGUAGAAGAUGUGAACCUUCCUGGCAUGCUGCCGUUCCCAGCACAGCCUCCUGUUGUUGAAGGACCACCUCCUCCUGGACUACCCCCGCCUCCACCAAUUCUUACUCCCCCACCUGUGAAUUUGAGACCCCCAGUGCCACCACCAGGCCCAUUACCACCCAGUUUACCACCGGUCACAGAUGAUAUUUCUUAUUCUUUGGUUUUGACAGGACCACCACCUCCACUUCCUCCUUUGCAGCCAUCUGGCAUGGAUGCUCCCCCAAACUCUGCAACCAGUUCUGUUCCUGCUGUAGUAACAACCGGCAUUCAUCACCAGCCUCCUCCUGCUCCACCCUCUCUUUUUACUGCAGUUUUUGUAUUACCAGAUACAUAUGACACAGACGGCUAUAACCCUGAGGCCCCAAGCAUAACAAACACUUCCAGACCCAUGUACCGACACAGAGUGCACGCACAAAGGCCCAACUUGAUAGGACUGACAUCAGGAGAUAUGGAUUUGCCGCCCAGAGAAAAGCCUCCUAAUAAAAGCACUAUGAGGAUAGUAGUGGAUUCAGAGUCAAGGAAAAGAACCAUUGGUUCUGGGGAGCCUGGAGUAACUACAAAGAAGACUUGGUUUGAUAAACCAAAUUUUAAUAGAACAAACAGCCCAGGAUUCCAGAAAAAGGUUCAGUUUGGAAAUGAAAAUACCAAACUUGAACUUAGAAAAGUUCCUCCAGAGUUAAAUAAUAUCAGCAAACUUAAUGAGCAUUUUAGUCGAUUUGGAACUCUGGUUAACUUACAGGUUGCCUAUAAUGGUGAUCCUGAAGGUGCCCUUAUCCAAUUUGCAACUUAUGAAGAAGCAAAGAAAGCAAUAUCAAGUACAGAAGCAGUGCUAAACAAUCGCUUUAUUAAGGUUUAUUGGCACAGAGAAGGAAGCAACCAGCAGUUGCAAACGACCUCUCCAAAGGUGAUGCAGCCUUUAGUCCAGCAGCCCAUUUUGCCUGUUGUGAAGCAGUCCGUCAAAGAACGGUUGGGUCCAGUACCCUCCAGUACUGUCGAACCAGCGGAAGCCCAGAGUGCCAGCUCAGAUCUUCCCCAGAAUGUAACUAAAUUAUCUGUGAAGGACAGGUUGGGUUUUGUAUCAAAGCCAUCUGUUUCAGCAACUGAAAAGGUGUUAUCUACAUCUACUGGCCUAACAAAAACGGUGUAUAAUCCAGCUGCUUUGAAGGCUGCACAAAAAACCUUACUUGUUUCCCCCUCUGCAGUUGAUAAUAAUGAAGCACAGAAAAAAAAACAAGAAGCCCUGAAGCUUCAGCAGGAUGUAAGGAAAAGGAAACAAGAAAUUUUAGAAAAGCACAUUGAAACACAGAAGAUGUUAAUUUCAAAAUUGGAGAAAAACAAAGCAAUGAAGUCUGAAGAUAAAGCAGAAAUAAUGAAAACGUUAGAGGUUUUGACAAAAAAUAUUACCAAGUUGAAAGAUGAGGUCAAAGCUACUUCUCCUGGACGCUGUCUUCCAAAAAGUAUAAAAACCAAGACUCAGAUGCAGAAAGAAUUGCUUGACACAGAGCUGGAUUUAUAUAAGAAGAUGCAAGCUGGAGAAGAAGUCACUGAACUUAGGAGGAAGUAUACAGAAUUACAGCUGGAGGCUGCAAAACGAGGGAUUCUUUCAUCUGGUCGGGGCAGAGGAAUUCAUUCAAGGAGUCGAGGUGCAGCUCAUGGCCGAGGCAGGGGUCGGGGUCGAGGUCGAGGUCGAGGUCGAGGUGUGCCUGGUCAUGCUGUGGUGGAUCACCGUCCCAGGGCAUUGGAGAUUUCUGCAUUUACAGAGAGUGAUAGAGAAGAUCUUCUUCCUCAUUUUGCGCAAUAUGGUGAAAUUGAAGAUUGUCAGAUUGAUGAUUCUUCACUUCACGCAGUAAUUACAUUCAAGACGAGAGCAGAAGCUGAAGCAGCUGCUGUUCAUGGAGCUCGUUUCAAAGGGCAGGAUCUAAAACUGGCAUGGAAUAAACCAAUAACUAAUAUUUCAGCUGUUGAAACAGAAGAAGUUGAACCUGAUGAAGAGGAAUUUCAGGAAGAGUCUAUGGUGGAUGACUCAUUACUUCAAGAUGAUGAUGAAGAGGAAGAGGACAAUGAAUCUCGUUCUUGGAGAAGAUGAUUUGACUGAUCAUUGAUCUACAUAUGCUAGAACUCUACCUGUGUUUCAUUAGUAUUAUCUAAUGUACUUUUACAUAUUUGUAAAAACAAUUUUUGGUAAAUGUGAUGGAGAUGGAUUUCACAAAUAGACAAAAGAGAAGAAAACUACCUUCUGAUCCUGUAUUUUGAAAGAUUGAUGUUUGCAUUUUAUUUCAGUAAACAAUUGCUAAAGACAUACUAGAAACAUGCAAUGUUUUUAUUACAAACUUCUACUGAACAUUAUGGAAUUCUUUGGGUUCUUUGUAAUUUAAUGAAUAGGUCUGAAAACUUAUGACCAAUACUUGUUAUAACUUAGAGGAUUUUGUUUUACUCCAAAUAAGGAAUGAAUUUGCAUUUAAAAUCUUAAUGAAUGUUUUCAAAAAUGAAUAGAUAACAUAGUACUCUAACUAAAAUCUCCAAGUAUGUACUCAUAUUAUUACAUAGUAGUAUGCUUAGGCUUUACUAUGUAUUAGCCUUUUGUUGGACUUGUGUAUGUAUUUUACCAUAUGGGUUUCAUUGAUAAUGGUGUAUGACUGCUUUGCAUAUGACUCCCUUCUUAUGCAUUCAGAUGUUUAAAAUAAAGUGGAAUGGUCUCUUAAAAAGAAAAGAAAAGAAAAAAAGUAAUGACAAAAAAAAACAAACAAAACAAUACAAUGUUCCUUGAUUUAAAAAAAAAAAAAGAAAAGAAAGAAAAGAAAAAAAGUUAAAGUAGACCAUUCCUGAUGGUAAUAUACCCUUCCCCCCAAUUAUCACAAAAGGAGCUAUAAUCACUAACUUACUCUUAAUAAUAAUGGUUACUGGUACCUUUACAAUAAUGUACAAUCCAAUGUUUAAAAUUUAUACCACUUCAGUUUGGUUUGAUCCUAUAAAUUUUCAACAGAUGUCUUAAAAUUUAAAAGCAGGCUGAUUAGUUUGGAACCAGACUUCAAGUAGAGCUAACAUUUGGUGAAUAAGAAAACCAUCACAUUACAUUUUGGAUGUAUGAAAGAAAACUUGACCAUUUGAAGAUGUAUGAAUAAAGAAAUGUACUAUAGAUACUGCUUUAGGAAAACACUGUUUGGUAAGUGUUUCAGUCUGAUAUUUUAAGUGUGCACUUCCUAUACUGUAUAAAAAUCUUUGACAUUUGCAACAAUAUUGUGAUAUUUUAUGUGGGUAUCUCUGGCAAGUGAACAUGAUCACUUAAAGUUGAUUCAGGAAAUAAAUGCAUACUUUGUAGAAUGAGGGGGUGGGAGAUGAUAUAUUUACAUUUUUAAAUUCAUUUCGGUUACAAGUGUUUCUGCUCCUUCUGAGGUUAUAGUGAUUACAUUAAAAAUCACAUUACAAACAGCACUUUCUUUACAUACUAUGGUCUUCACAAUCACAAACUGUAAUUCUACCACCCAUAGUCUUCGGCCAGUGGGGUGACUAGUGGGUUUGUUCCAUACUCAGGGUUAAAGUUACAUACAUGUUCUUGAUAGUAAUACUAUUUCAUAGGAAUAUUUUGACUUAUAAUUGGCACAUUGUGUUUGUAUUUAAAAUUCCAAAAUCAAAUUUCUUUUGUCAAAAUGGUGACUUUACUUGAAAACUUCUUUAUUUAGAUAUGUGAUAUACUUUUAUAUAGUCUCUUGUAUGUUGACUGUGUGCUAUUCUGAUUUGUUAGGUAAGUUUGUUUUCUUUUCUUUUUAGUAGUCGUGAAAGUGCCAAAUUGGCAGAGGCUCACGUUUCUUCUCUUUACACCAAACAGCAGAGAGAGACCAUCAUUGCCUGAAUUUAGCUUUGACUACAGCAGCAAGAUCUGUUCCUGUCUGGAGACGACUGUUACAAUGCUACCACCCUGGCAUUUCAUGUUUGCCCUUUAUCCGUUUGAAUAGGUGUUUACAUAUGCUACAUACAAUUAGCGUUUUAUCUUUACAGUUUCUAAGGGUACAUCUGAGUCCAGAAGUAUAUCGGAGUGUCUGCUUUGUUUUACCUUAUUCUUAAAUAUUUUCCCCCUUACUUUAUAGCCAUUUAUUUUUUUAUACACCGUAAGAAGGCAAAAGACCUCUUGGUUUCCUAAUGUGACGUAAGUUCAGUCUCAGCCAAGUUGAGAAUUGUGUCCAGGAAAUCUGUAAAGCCAUGAUGCUGUUUUAGUUCACAUGAACAAUUUAGAGUGAAGAAAAUGAUUAAAAUGUUAAUUUUGGGUUUAGUUUAAUUUUGAGAGGGGUUUCAGUGGUGUACGUUCCAGAGUUAGAAUAGUCCCUUAAAAUGAUUUCAAACAGAUGGUAAAAUACUUUUUUACUUACCCUUGCUUAUUUCUUCUAAAUAUACUUAGUGAAGUUGUUCCCAAGACCACUUACCUGAAUAAUUUUUUAAAUAUUCUUAGGUCUUCAAAACCAACAAUGAGACAAUUUUUUGUCUUUUCAAGUAUUGCAGAAUGACCUGUGGAGUAUAAGUAUUGAAAAAAUAUCUAUUAAAUGUCUAACUUACACAGUUUUUCCAUAUUUUCCUCGCACUCACGACAUCAAAGACAAUCUUAAAAGCAAGGGGAAAUAAUGUGUGUGUUUAACAUUGUUAAAGACCAUAGUUUUCUAUCUUAAAAGGUAUAUGCCCAUAUUAUUUAUUAAUAAGCAGUAUGGCUUAGAAUUAUUUAUAGAGUAUGAUUCAGUUUAAUCCUAGGUAUUUACCCCAAACACCCUUUUUAUAAUGGGCAUCAAUUUCAAAACCAGUUUUCAGGAAAUCAAUUUUUGAGUAUUUCAGACCCUUGUGAGGCAUUUGAAAAGUUGGAGGUUAUACCUGGUACAAACUCUUCAUUGGAAAAGUCCAAAUGGCAGUUGAUUAUAUUCACCCUUGUUCAUGCUAUAUUUUCCUUUUGUACGCGUGUGCAAAGUUGACUGUUCUGUAAACAUUUCUUUCUUGAGUAUGCAUUGCAUUUGUCUUCAUGAAAAAUAAAAAGAAUGAACACAUCAGUCAUAACGUAAAUGAUCUAUUUUGAUCCACUUUAGUUGGAGACAGCAUAGUUAAUAUUAGGCACGGUAUGAAGGAAAAGUACAUACUUUGGAAGGUCUUCUAACAUAAUUAUGACCUAAUAAGUGUACAAGGCCUUUUUAAAAAUAGACUUUAGUUUUAGUUUACAUUUGCAAACUAGCAUAUAGUUGCAGGGAAUUUGUAAAUAUUUUCCCAGAUUAAUUCAGUAUUUUUUCAAGGAACGAUUCUCUGCCCGUCCAGUAAUGGUUUACGUGCUGCAUUAGAAACCCAAAGAACAUUGUCUGCAGAGGCCAUAUUUGCUGCUCCCAGUUUUAGCUGGUUGUUGGAUGUGGACCACACACUACCGCCCUCAAUGUUUUUUUGUCAUCUUCCUGUUUUUCCCUUGCCUUUAAAUUAAAAACAAAAUAAAGCAAAACAAUAUUGAACUUACCAUUUGGAAUCAGAGUUCAGGUGAUUUGAUUCUCAAGAUCAUUGCACUUUUUAGAAAUUGCCGUGAGAUCCAGUAGGUCAGUUACAUAAAUUCCCAUGUUGAUGAAUUAAAGAUAAGGAUUUCUUAUUUCAUUUUCCUGAGUAGAAUUCUCAUGGAGCUCUGUGUAGUUAACUGUGCAGAAUCACUUUUGUGUAAUUGAAUGAAGCAGUUUACCUUUGCAUGAUUGCAUUAUGGAAGCCUUUUUAUAUAUAUCUUUAUAUUUUUCAAUAUACUUGGAUUUUACACUACUAGCUGCUCUAGUCAUGCUAUAUUUGUUUUUCUAAAAUAGAGUUUAUAAAUAUUUAUGCUCAAAAUACAGAUCAAUUGAAUAUUUUGGUCUUGUUUACAAGGUAAAUAAUACUUUAAAGUGAUGCAGCCCCAGAGUGUCUUAGGAAAAAGUCAUUGGUGCUAUAAAAUCUUUCAGUAUCAUUUUUGAGCCUGUUUUUUAGACUUUGCUAGGCUUUAAUCUCUGAUUGCUUGUGACUUAUUCUUAGAGCAUAAUUAUAAACGUGGUCGGUGGUUAGUAAAGAGCCCAGCCCAUUAGAAAUACCCCAUAAUUUAAAAAUAAGCAGAGUGACAUCACAUUUAUUUGUGCCCAGCUUCCCAAAAAGAAAAUAGUUUCUUCAGUUUGUCAUCAGCUCUUUUGGGUAAGAGGAAUGAUGUCAACCUGGCCAGAAUUUUAAAAAAAGAUCAUUCAGCUUGGCUCAGUUUUCCUGUCUCUGUUUCAAAUGGAAAACUUGUCUAGUCCCCAAAUAUGGUGUAAUCCUGCUCUGCUUUAAAUUCCCAUUUGUCUUUUACUCAACAAGAUGCAGGGUAAUUCUUAAGUAUUUAUAGAAUAUUUGAUGAGUUGAAAGAGAUGUAUUAUUUACAUUGUACAAGUUUUGUGUUAAUGUGUGGAUUGUUUUCUACAUCCACAAGACUUCAUUCCAGCACCUUAGUGAAUGUUCUUAAGAUUCAAUUCUUAAGUAUCAACAAAGCAUUCAUAGAUGUGAUGUUUAUUUUUGAUUCUCAGAAUCCUGAAACCUGUUUUGGGUAUGAUAGAACAUGUCUGGCACAAGAGGUUCUUUAAUAAGUGGUUUAAUUUAACUCAGUUUCUGUGGAUUGUUGAACCUUAAAACACCAAAGGAGUCUUUUCUUGUCUGGAGACUGGACUGUUACAGUUUUUAACGCCUGUGCCCAUACGUGUCCAUUUCACCAGUGUGUGUUGGCAUGGG